AUGACCAACCCUUUGCCACCUUUGAAACCAUUUCGGAAGCGAAAGCGAACUUCAGAAGUGCAAACUUGCACUCUUCAUCCAUUGAACGAAGAUCCUUGGGCGGCAUAUGUCAAAGGCAUCGAGAAUUUUCCGCGAAAGGGGAUUCUCCUGGCCCAGAAUAGGGAGGACAAAAUGGAGUUGGUCCAUAUUCAACCGCUCAAAGCGGAACCAGCGUCGAUACGGUCUCUGAUGAAGAUCGUCAACGACCUUUCUUACCGCAGUUUUCCACAACUUCUGCGCCAUUGCCAACAUGAAGAUCACACAUUUUUGGUGUGGGAGUCGGUCGAAUGCUCUUUGUCCCAAGUCCUAGGAUCUAGGUACGCCCUUACCGAAACCGAAAUCGCCUCGAUUGUAUGGCCAAUCCUUAUUGGAAUCAGAUACCUCCGCAAUUGCGAUAGAGCGCUUGCCACACUCACCAAUGAUGAGGUCCUAUUUACGGGAUCCGGUGGGGUCAGGAUCGCUGGUGUGGAACGUAGUUGUCGUAUCGAUCCCGAAGACAUGAAUGCAGCUACGCUGAAGCUGACGGCAUUGUCGGAGAUGGUCAAAAUGUUGAUGAAAAAGAACGAGGAAAUCCAUCCUGAUUUUUCAUGGAGCUCAAAAGCUCGAGAUCUGCCACAAAAGUUGAACACGUUUGGACUAGACGAGUUGAUGCUGACCUCGCAAUACGAUAUCAACUUUCCGACACGCAUUUGA